AUUUUCGGACCAGUAAGAUCUAUGGAGAACAAUGAACAGAGCCGCUCUGAUCCCACCGCUAUGGAUGAAUUCUUACCACCUGACUCACUAUCUCCAUCUGCUGCAGCACUUUCUGCGCCUGAGCAUCCUCUGCGAGAUCUUGCUGAGAAUACAACUUCAGAUGGACAGGAUAUCUUUGGCAAUACACAUCCCACUAGCUUCGGUUACGACUUAUCUAUAGAUGAAACAAGCCUUUUAUACCAUUGA